AUGGCAGGUGCUAGGAGAUUGGGCGUGGCCAUUGAUUUCUCGGCGUGCAGCAUCAAAGCACUGAACUGGACGCUGGAUAACGUGGUCAAAGAAGGGGAUCACCUCAUUCUAAUCGUGGUCCGCCACGCUACCUACGAGCACGGCGAGAUGCAGCUCUGGGAAACCACUGGCUCACCUCUCAUACCUCUGAGUGAGUUCGCUGAGCCUGCGGCCAUGAAGAAAUAUCAAUUUAAACCUGAACCCGCAGUAAUUGAUAUUGUCCAAACUGCUGCCCGGCAAAAAAACAUUAUGGUGCUAAUGAAGAUCUAUUGGGGAGAUGCUCGAGAGAAGUUAUGUGAAGCAGUUGAUCAAGUACCUCUAGACUCCCUUAUCAUGGGAAACAGAGGCCUUGGCACGCUCCAAAGGGUCAUAAUGGGUAGCGUCAGCAACUUUGUGGUGAAUAAUGCAACCUGUCCUGUGACUGUGGUGAAGACUCAAGACCACAAGCGUUAG